AAAACCAAGAUCAAAAGACGUUCCUAUCCUCCAUUUCAAAUCUCGCCCCUCUCUCUUAACGGCUAAAAUCUAGGCUCUCUCUCUCUCUCUUACUCGCUCUUUCUCUCUCCUAGGGUUUCAUCGUUCGAGAUGAGAAAAGAAACCCCAGCACUGACCCCUUCAUCGUCUCAGAAGCAGAAAUCUCCUCUCUGUAAGGAGAACCUCGAUCCCAACGCCAUGCCGUCCUCCGAUCCCAACUCUUCUCACUUUCGAUCCAAGCCCUUGGGGCUCAAGAGCAAAAGCCCUCUGCCUCCGAGGCCUCCGUCGAACCCUAGGGGCAAUCCUCUCAAGAGGAAGCUCACUUUGGAAACCCUAACCGAGGGUGGAUCUCCAGCUUCGGUUCCAUCAGAUUCCGGCGUUCAGGUGAUAGUGAGAAUGAGGCCUUUAAACAAGGAAGAGGAAGAGAGCGAUCAAAUUGCACAGAAGAUAUCUCCGAAUUCCGUGUCUAUUGUUGACCACAUGUUCACAUUUGAUUCGGUUGCUGAUUCCAGUUCCACUCAGCAUGACAUAUUCCAACUUGUUGGGCUCCCUUUGGUGGAAAAUUGCUUGGCUGGAUUCAAUAGUUCUAUAUUUGCUUAUGGGCAGACUGGAAGUGGGAAAACCUACACAAUGUGGGGACCUCCGAGUGCCUUGUCAGCAAAGGAUUCAUCGAGUGAAGAGCGAGGAUUAACACCCCGUGUAUUUGAGAGGCUCUUUUUGCGGAUAAAAGAAGAGCAAGCUAAGCAUUCAGACAAACAACUAACCUAUCAGUGUCGCUGUUCAUUUCUGGAGAUUUAUAAUGAGCAAAUUACUGACUUAUUGGAUCCAACGCAAGGGAACCUUCAGAUUAGAGAAGAUGUCAAAAUUGGCAUUUAUGUUGAUUGUCUAACGGAGGAAAAUGUAUGUUCAAUGAAUGAUGUGGUCAAACUCUUGGAUAAGGGCUUAGCCAAUAGGAGAACUGGUGCAACAAGUAUAAAUUCAGAGAGUUCCCGUUCACAUUGUGUAUUUACUUGUGUGGUUGAAUCUCGAUCAAAGAGCACAUCUGAUGGCUUGAGCAACUUAAGGAGCAGUAGAAUCAACUUAGUUGACCUAGCAGGAUCAGAAAGACAAAAGAUGACAGGUGCAGCAGGGGAACGUCUAAAGGAAGCAGGCAACAUCAACCGAUCACUUUCACAACUUGGGAAUUUAAUUAAUAUUCUAGCAGAAGUUUCUCAGUCUGGUAAACCAAGGCAUAUUCCCUACCGUGACUCCAGGCUAACAUUUUUGCUACAAGAAUCUCUUGGCGGCAACGCAAAGCUAGCAAUGAUAUGUGCUAUUUCACCAUCACAGAGCUGUAAGAAUGAAACCUUCAGUACCUUGAGAUUUGCACAAAGAGCAAAAGCCAUUAAAAAUAAAGCAGUUGUAAACGAGGUAACACAGGAUGAUGUUAAUGUCUUAAGGGAGCAGAUACGUCAACUGAAGGAUGAACUUCUUCGAAUGAAAUCAACUGGGGCCUCACCAGAAAGUAAUGGAAGUUAUUCGACAGGAUGGAAUGCACGUCGAAGCUUAAGCCUUUUAAGAAUGAGCCUGAACUGUCCUAGAGUGUUGCCUGUUGCUGAAGAUGACAGUGAUGAAGAGAUGGAAAUUGUUGAUGAAGAUGUCGAGAAGGCUAGUAAAGAAAAUGGAAUUAGCUCUAUGGAUAUAGCUGGACCUACCAAUACUAAUGACCAAGUUCCCGAAACAAUGAGUGUUGAUCAAAAGAUCUGUGACACACCACAAAAAAUAACUGGAGAAGACAAUAAAAUAGGCUCUGAUGUUGAGGAAAUUGCAAGAGGGCCAGUCUCAGCUGAUGGGAAGGAGCGUGGUCACACCAAGGAAAUUCAGCCGCGUUCUGGCAGAUCUCUGGACUGCAUUUCUCCAUCCAGCCUUAGCAUUGUGCCAUAUCAGACACCCACAGUUCUCCAGUCACCUCCGUUGAGCAUUUCGCCUAGUUUUGAGAAUUCUAGCAGGAAAAGUCUGAGGACGUCAUCUUCAACUUCAGCUUCUAAGGGAAAUAUACUGUUAGACCCAAAGUCUGAUUCAGGAGUUUUAAAUUUAUCUUUUGCUGAUAUUCCCAAAAGUAGUGCUUCCGGUGUUCCUCUAGUUCAGACAAAUACAAACUCCCUUUCACCAACUGAACACCUUGAAGCAAGCCUCCACCGCGGUCUUCAAAUUAUUGACAACCAUCGGUACAGUGUAAGGCAAUCAGGUUUCAGGUUCUCAACCAAACCCAUUGACCUCAACCAUUUAAUGCCUAUUGCCAAGGUUGAUGUCAGUGUACAAACCCUUCCUGAAGAAGCUGAAAUUUUGGGGGAACCAUCGACAUAUAUAUGUAGUUAUUGCAAGAACAAACCGCCUCCACUUGAAUACAAUGCUGUCAGUGAUGACAGGGAAUUGCAGCUAGUACCUAUAGAUGCAUCUCCAUCAGCAGAUAAAUGCAAAAUUCAAAUACCUAAAGCAGUAGAGAAGGUUUUGGCUGGAGCUAUCAGGCGAGAAAUGGCACUGGAAGACCACUGCGCAAAACAGGCUGCUGAAAUUCUGCAGCUACAUCGUCUGAUCCAACAAUACAAGCAUGAGCGUGAAUGCAGCGCAGUAAUUGAGCAGACACGAGAAGAUAAAAUCUCUCGUUUGGAGAGUCUCAUGGAUGGCAUCUUAACUGCUGAAGAUUUUAUGGAAGAAGAGUUUAUUUCAUUAACAAAUGAGCACAAGUUUCUGAAAGAGAAAUAUGAGAGUCAUCCUGAAGUUCUACGAUUGAAUAUUGAACUAAAAAGAGUUCAAGAAGAACUAGAAGGAUAUAGGAAUUUCUUUGAUAUGGGUGAAAGGGAUGUGCUAGUGGAAGAAAUUCAAGAUCUAAAGUGCCAAUUGCAGUACUAUAUAGAUUCUUCUUCAAUAUCGAUUCAUAAUCGAAGUCCUUUGCGACAGUUGACCCAUUCUGUUGAACCCAUUUCGGCUUCUCUCAGUACAAUUCCUGAGUCAUCGGGAGAACGCAUUGAUGAAAAACUUGAAGAAGAGAGGCGUCGUUGGACUGAAGCAGAGAGCAAGUGGAUAUCUCUCUCAGAAGAGCUUAGAGUUGAGCUUGAAACUAAUAGAUCUCUAGCUGAGAAGAGGAAACUUGAACUUGAUUCCGAGAAGAAAUGCACAGAGGAGCUUAAGGAGGCUUUACAGACGGCCAUGCAAGGUCAUGCCAGGAUUCUGGAGCAGUAUGCUGAUCUCCAAGAGAAGCAUAUUGAUUUGCACGGAAGACAUCGCCAAAUGAUGGAUGGGAUUGAGGAUGUGAGAAAAGCAGCGACAAGAGCAGGGGUUAAGGGUGCAGAAUCUAAGUUCAUAAAAUCCCUUGCUGCUGAAAUUUCGGCUUUAAAAGCAGAGAGAGAAAAGGAGAGGCGUUACUGGAGGGAUGAAAAGAAAGGCCUUCAGUCUCAACUCAGAGAUACUGCCGAAGCUGUACAGGCUGCUGGCGAACUGCUUGUGCGGCUGAAGGAAGCAGAAGAAGCUGCUGCUACGGCUCAGAAGCGAGCAGCGAAGGCAGAGCUAGAGACUGAGAAGGCCUAUCAAGAGAUUGACAAGUUGAAGAAAAACUACGACCAGCAGAUUGUUACGUUGAAUCAGUUCCUUGCUGAGUCACGUCUGCCAAAAGAAGCAUUGAAACCUGCAAUUAGUGAUACUGAUGCAACAAAAUACGAUGGAGGAGAGAGCUUAGGUGAUCAGCAGUGGAGAGAAGAGUUUGCACCUUUUGGUCAAGGAGACAGCGAGUUUUCAAGAGGAACUGAGCCCUACUCUUGGUUUGCUGAUUACGAUCGAUGCAACAUUUAGAGAGCGGCAGAAAACAAGUGAUGUUCAGGAUUAGUGUAUGUUCCAAUAUAGAGUUUUGUUGUACAACAACCUUCAGCGACGGUGGCAGCUAUGAAUUUGGUUAUAUGAUCACCGGUUCUCACAAAUUGUGAGGUCCGAUUCUGCCUUUUGUA